UAUCUACAUCUGGCUUUGAAUUUAUUAUGAAAAAACUCCAGUCUUUCUUUCACUGCUGGCUUUCUCGCACCAGCUCAGAGAGUCUGCUUAGGAGUUAAAUAGCCCCUGGCUGUAGUCAGAAGACUCAACUAUACACACACCUCCUGUAGACACAGCUGAAGCUCAGUCUUCCUGCAAAUUACUUUGUGUCUUUAGCUGCGGGUCCUGUAGUUAGAUAGUUAAAAGUUGGCUGGAAAUCAGGCAUGUUUUCAGAGGAAUUUGAAAUAAAUGGUUUGACAGCCUGGGGAGGAAUGUUAGCCUAGUUUUUUUUCAUCGAUGUCACUCUGAAAAUAGACAAGCGUCUUUCAUUCUAUAUAUUUUACUUUCAGGUGUUUGCCUUCCAGCUCUUUGUCACUUUUGUUAACAGUUUCUGCACCAUCUGAAGUGUUUAUUCCAGCAUAGAUAGAGGCUUUUAAAGUGGCAGUACUGGUAAAUAUUACUAUCACAGGGUUGGAGGUCAGUGAAAGAUUAUAGUUGCAAGUGACCCCACGGCAAACAUGUGAUUUUGAUGAGUAGCUCUCAUAGAGAUAAAAGGAACCCCACUGUUUAAGUGCAGCACCAUGUGAGUAUAACUUACUUGAUCACAGGAAACCUGGAGAAGGAAACAAAUAAAUUACUGUUUACGUUAACUGUCUAACAUCCUGAGUUGUUGGUCGACGUUUCUGAAUACUCUCAGGGCUCCAAAAAUGCAAGACGUUUGAAGACGCAGCUCACAUCUGGACGCUCCUUUACAAAUGGACUUCCAAGGGGAGAAACUCUCUCAAUGAGCAUCUGGGACGAGUUAAGAAAGAUGCAGGAUGCUUCUGUCGUGCCUAAUGAGGGUUUUCUAGGUUUUCUGUCACUACAGUCUUGUCAUCACCAUGUUGGAGUAGAUGAGGGGAUGUCUGAGUGUCAAAGUAUGAGCAUCUAAGCAGAGAUCAAAGUGAGGAAGUAACUGUGGAGAAGGCAGAAUGACGCUGCACAAAAGAGCUGAAAGUGAACAAGCCUGAGGUGAUGAAGAGUUUACUGUAGAAAUCAUGGAGAAGAAAGCCGCAGUGAGAAGGGGGAUGAUAGGGUGAUGAAAACAUACCACAUGUACCACACUGAGAGCAUCAGUGCAGAGAGCAAGCUGAAGGAUGCUGAGAAACAGGAGGAGAAGCAGUUCAGCAAGUCAGGAGAUCUCAACGUUAACCUCCUGCGGCACGAGGACCGCCAACCGAGACGCAGCUCGGUCAGGAAAAUUGAGAAGAUGAAAGAGAAGAGGCAAGCCAAGUACUCAGAGAAUAAGCUGAAAUGCACAAAAGCCCGGAAUGACUAUUUGUUGAACCUGGCAGCAACAAAUGCAGUUGUGGCAAAAUAUUACAUCCAUGACGUCUCUGAUAUGAUUGAUUGCUGUGAUCUGGGCUACCAUGCUAGCUUGGCACGAACCUUCAGGACCUACUUAUCUGCCGAGUACAACUUGGAGACAUCACGUCACGAGGGACUAGAUAUCAUAGAGAAUGCAGUGGACAACCUGGACUCUCGCAGUGACAAGCACAAGAUCAUGGAUAUGCAUAACCAGGUGUUCUGCCCUCCUAUGCGCUUUGAGUACCUGCCACACAUGGGAGAUGAGGUGUGCCAGGUGAGCGCCCAGCAGCCUGUCCAGACUGAACUCCUGAUGCGCUAUCACCAACUGCAGUCUCGCUUAGCUACUCUCAAGAUUGAGAAUGAGGAGGUGAGAAAGACCUUGGAUGCCACCAUGCAAACGCUGCAGGACAUGCUGACGGUGGAGGACUUUGACGUGUCGGAUGCCUUCCAACAUAGUCGCUCCACUGAAUCCAUUAAGUCUGUGGCCUCUGAGUCCUACAUGAGCAAGCUGAAUGUAGCCAAGAGGAGGUCGAACCAACAGGAGACUGAAAUGUUCUACUUUUCAAAAUUCAAGGAGUACCUGAAUGGCAGUAACCUCAUCAUUAAGCUGCAGGCCAAGCAUGACUUACUGAAACAGACACUGGGAGAAGGGGAAAGGGCUGAAUGUGGAACUACAAGGCCCCCCACCCUUCCCCCUAAACCACAGAAAAUGCGGAAGCCUAGGCCACGCUCCAUGUAUAACCAUAAGCUGUUUAACGGCAAUAUGGAGACCUUCAUCAAGGAUUCAGGUCAACCAAUUCCACUUGUUGUUGAGAGCUGUGUCAGAUACAUCAAUCUAUACGGGUUGCAGCAGCAAGGCAUAUUCCGCGUGCCGGGAUCACAGGUGGAGGUCAAUGAUAUUAAAAACUCAUUUGAGAGAGGUGAAGAUCCCUUGAUUGAUGACCAGAAUGAGCAUGAUAUCAACUCAGUGGCAGGGGUGCUGAAGCUGUAUUUCAGAGGACUGGAGAACCCAAUCUUCCCAAAGGAGCGUUUCCUGGACUUCAUCUCUACCAUCAAGCUGGAGUCUGGAGCGGAGAGAGCGCAUCAUAUCCAGCAGAUUAUUGUGACUCUUCCUCGGACCAUCAUUAUUGUGAUGAGAUACCUUUUUGCUUUUCUCAAUCAUCUCUCCCAGUACAGUGAUGAGAACAUGAUGGAUCCAUACAAUUUGGCUAUCUGCUUUGGUCCCACCCUGAUGCCCAUCCCAGAUGGCCAGGAUCCUGUAGCAUGCCAGGCACAUGUUAAUGAGGUCAUCAAGACUAUCAUCAUCCACAAUGAAGUCAUCUUUCCCAGUCAACGGGAGCUUGACGGCCCAGUGUAUGAAAAGUGCAUGACUGGUGGGGAGGAGUACUGUGACAGCCCCCACAGUGAACCAGGAACCAUUGACGAGGCUGACAAUGGCACUGAACCACACACCAGUGAUGAAGAGGUUGAACAGAUCGAGGCCAUUGCCAAAUUUGACUAUGUAGGACGUACUCCAAGAGAGCUUUCCUUCAAGAAGGGAGCCUCUCUGCUUCUGUAUCACCGAGCGUCUGAGGACUGGUGGGAGGGACGUCACAAUGGUGUGGAUGGUCUCAUCCCACAUCAAUACAUUGUAGUGCAAGACCUGGAUGAUGCUUUCUCAGAUAACCUCAGCCAGAAAGCAGAUAGUGAAGCGAGCAGUGGACCGUUGCUGGAUGAUAAAGGUUCAUCCAAAAACGACGUCCCAUCACCAUGUGAACAAUCACCCGAUUACAACUUUGGAGGAGUCAUGGGGAGGGUCAGAUUACGGUCCGAUGGAGCUGCAAUCCCACGCCGUCGGAGCGGCACGGACACCCACAGCCCAACCAGAGUGGCUGACACUCCACCUCGGGCUGCAGCCUGUCCCAGCAGCCCCCACAAGGUGUCCAUCAGCAAGGGUCGUAUGGAGAGCCCAGAAAAGAGGCGCCUUGGCACCUUUGGAAGUGCAGGCAGCAUCAACUACCCAGACAGAAAGGCCUAUCCUGAGGGCCAUCCGCUGAGACCGAUGCCAGGGGCCACUCGUCACAGCAGCCUCGGGGACCACAAAUCACUGGAGACCGAAGCUCUGGCUGAGGACAUAGAGAAGACCAUGACAACAGCACUCCAUGAGCUACGUGAACUGGAGCGACAGAACACCGUUAAGCAGGCUCCUGAUGUGGUCUUGGACACCCUGGAACCCAUGAAGAACCCAGUUAGCUCUGAGCCCGGCAGUCCACUGCACACCAUUAUGAUCCGUGACCCAGAUGCAGCCAUGCGCCGAAGCAGCAGCUCCACCUCUGAGAUGAUGACCACCUUCAAGCCUGCUCUCUCCGCCCGGAUGGUUGGGUCUCAGCUACGCCCCCCACCCAUGAGGCCAGUGCGCCCUCCUCCAACCCAGCACCGCUCAAGCAGCUCCAGCUCUUCAGGCGUCGGCAGCCCUGCUGUAACUCCCACUGAGAAGAUGUUUCCAAGUAACAAUACGGCUGCUGGUUCUAAUAUGAAUACAUCCGGUGAUGGUGGGGAUAAAUCUGGCACUAUGUAGCAAAGGUGGAACCUGCUAAGUGAGAAGGUUAUAAAGCUUCCCAAGUGAGGGGAAAGCUUAUGGAAAUGGGUGUCGAUGUGUGACAAGCAGAUAUGGAUAUUUUUCUCUGUGUUUUCUGCCUGACUUAAUUCAUAUAUUCAGGAAGCUCCUGAAGCGAGCCUACAGUAUGUUACCAUGGUGAUAAAGCGGUGGAAGAAGCUGUAGAGGUGUGAUAGCAUAAAGCUCCACUCUCUUUGAAACUUGAUUUGUCUACAGUAGAUGUGAAUAAGAAUACAUGUAUUUCAGUUUUACCUCAAGUUCAACAAAAUCUGUGGCCAUGUUCUCGUUCCAGAGAUACAUUGAAUGCAAGUGAAGCAAUACUUGUGUAAAAUUCUGGUAUUAGUCUCCACCCAGCGUACAUUGUCCAGCGGAUGUGUAUGAAACACCUCAUCUGGACUGGUGUAGACAUUCAGGCUAAAAUAUCAUGUCUGUUUACCAUUUAGGUCAAAGGCCUUAUGGCUCUACAUACAUACUUACUUGAAGUUUCCAUGCUUUCUGUUUGUAUUAUAAUACAGUGGAUGUUCAGCAAAGUAAAAACAUAGUGACGUUUUAUACUUCUGCAUGCAGGGUUUGGAGAAAAUAAGGGAAACAUUAAAGACGAUGAGGGUUUUUUUCAUAUGGUCAGUGGAAAAGCUUGUUAAUCAGUGGAAGCAUAAAAUAUUAGUUUGAAAUCUUAUUCAUGAUGGUGAAAACAUAUAUAAUAAUGAAGUUUCUGAUGUCCAAAUAUUUAAUCUAAUACAUGGGGAUCAUAACAGUAUCAUGUUUUAAAUUUGCCAUGUGUGUGGCAAUGGUAUCCUAAAUGUCUUACCUGCAGUCCUCACUUCCUCUGGUAAAGAUAAAGCUUCCUGGCAUGAAGAUGAUCACUUAGACAGUACUGAUCAGAGCUUAACAAAGCAAGUCCUCUUCAACCAUGUACGGUUGGACAGUGAGCAGACUUAACAUUGCUGUUUCCUUUUUUUUCCUCAAUGUCCUGUAUAUUAAAUGCAGAAAACUAAUGCACCAACUAAUUGUAGGAAUCCUGUGGUAAACUUGUACAUAAUAUAUAGCUAGUAAUUUUUGUAAGUGUUAAUCUUGUACAGGCUGAUACAGAAAAGGCAAAGGGUUGAUGUGAACGGCACUUGAAAGGAUCGCAACUAACCACAAAACAUACUUUUAAUCCUCAGUAAACAAGUAUAUUCUUUGGCUGUGUGAAAUAGAGUUCAAAUAAUUUAUCUUGCCUACUGUGUGCUUUGAAUGCAUUUGGUAACCAUACUGUAGAAAACUGAUUGCGGUUGAACACACCAUAAAGGCUGAAGAAAUGUUUCUCCAUUAUAUUUUUGACACAUUUGCUCAUCUUGAAAUAGUUUGCAGUUGUUCCUGUUCAAGUCUGAUUUGAAUGAUUUUAUUAUUACAUAAGAAAUAUUCAAGUGUACCCUGUGACAGUUCCUCUUUCAAAUUUAAAAUGUGAUACUUACCCUGAGGAAGUUGAGAAGUAGAUGUUGUGACAUACUGUUAUCACAGCGGUUUCCUUCCUUCCUGCCUUUCUCUUAUCUCUGUUGAUAGAUACAGUUAUGCCUCGACUGUAGAUUAAUCCUUAUUUUGUUGGAGGAAAACUAAACAGAGAACAUUUCAGUGUUAUACGUAUAUCUACUGUACCUUUUGUCAUUCUAACAGCUCUAGUCCAGAGACCUUGUAACCUGCAUCCCAAAGAGCCUGCUCUAUUGUGCAUGUUUUUGCGCUGUAAUGUCUGACUCAUAUUAUGCGGGAGUAACAAUGGCUGUAUGUGGUGCCUUGCCUUGGUAAAACGCACAAAUUACUUAAAUAUUGGACUUAAAGAAAAAAAAAAAACAGGCCUUAACAACAUUUAGGGGGGUUUGGAAUGAUGAAUGAAGCCGCUUGUAGCAGUUGCUGAAAUAGAAGUGAAAGAGAAAUAACAAGCUUGAUAUCUUGAUUGAGCAUGUAAACCAGGCACUGAUCCCACCGUCACUCUGCAGUCGUUCUGUACAUUCUACAGUGUAACGGUACGCACUGUAAAUUGAAAGUAUUUGCUUGUUAUCUGUUUUAUUUCCAGACAGACACAUACAUAUGCAGAGGUGGGAGGAUUCUUUCUUAAGAGCAGAAAACUCAUAGAGCCAGAAAAAGUCUAUAUACAUUCAAAGUCAUGCAGUGCACUGGCAUCCUCUGCUGGUUCCUGCUGGUAUUGCUUCUUGCAACGAAAUGGUGGAUGCCAUCACCUUACGUGGGCAUUAUGAGUAUGAUCUGGAGCUACUUAUUACAAUCAUUAAGCUCAUCUAUAUAAAUAGUUAUUUUUUGUCUCUCUUGGUUACAGUUUUGCACCUGUUUAAAUCUAUGAAGAUAAUGUUACAAAAAAAAAGUUUAUUGAAAUACGAAGAAAGCACACAAUUUCAAAAAGUGAAAUUAUCAUCAUUGUAUUUAACUAGACUGUUUUAUUUAUAGACACUUGUGUAAGUGGAGCAGACAAUUUGAGUGCCUUUUGUGCACAACAUCAAUUUUUAUUGGACUUUUAUAUUUACUUUUUUAACUGUAAUAUUUUGUGUAUUAGUUUUCAUGUUUAUUAUAAACUGAAGUUACUUUUUUAGCGUUACUUUCUAUUGCUACUCAGUCAUCAAACCUACAUAAAUACACAAACACUCCAAGGAGUAUAUUGUGUUAAAAUAUUCCUCUUGAAUUACAGAAGAAUCAUCAUGAACUGCUCGUCUGUGCUUGGGUGAUCCCUGAGGAAUAGGAGUUAUAAAAAAAAAACUACUGUACACACAAUCUACUGGUAUUCGGUUCAGUAGAAUCAUCUCAGAAUAUUUCUUUCAUAUUUUUGUUUUCCCUGUGAACUGCCUGUGCUGUGGUUGAGCCGUAAACUCUUGUUGUUCAUUCUCCUUCCCUUUCAAAGCAAAAACAUUGCAGUAACGUUGGCAACAGCAGGACUGAUAUGGACCCUCUUCUUGUAGAGGCUAUAAGGCACUUGGUUCACUCUUAUUUCCUACAUGUGAUGUACAUGGACAUUUUCUUUUCUGGAAUGUAUGCUGAAAUGGGUAACAUUAUUUGUUUACUGACAUGAGAAGACAUUACGUUAAUAUUAAAAAAAAAGUACAUCACAGUAAGAGAGCGGACUGAGCGCCUGUCAUGUUGUGAGGACCAGAGUGCGAGUCGCUGUCACACUGUUUACCUUCUCUUUAAUUGUUUGUCUAGUGAUGCUGUUUGUUGAUGAGUGUCUGGUUGGUUGAAACCCUGUGAUGUAAUGUACACCAUACCACUUACUGGAUGUUGAAAACCCCCUGCAUCCAAAUAAAACCAUUAUUGCUCUGUGA